UGUCGAUAUCAAAUAUAUCGAUAACGAUAACAACGUAAAAAUAGUUUAUCAAGUUAAUAGCAUUUUAUUCUAAUUUAACAAAAAUAUUUUCUAUAAAUUAAGGCGCAAAGCGCAUUGUUAAAACGCAAGUACAUUUCUAAACAUAAAAACAUGACUAGAUCCAGUAUCGAAUUGGGCGACGUUACGCCCCAUAACAUAAAGCAACUGAAGAAGCUCAACACGGUUGUCUUUCCCGUUUCCUACAAUGACAAAUUCUACGUGGACGUGCUCGAAGCCGGCGAACUGGCAAAGCUUGCAUACUACAACGAUAUUGUUGUGGGCGCCGUUUGCUGUCGCAUUGACACGACCGACAAUCAGCGGCGUCUAUACAUAAUGACCUUGGGCUGCUUAUCGCCCUAUCGUCGCCUGGGCAUUGGCACUGUCAUGUUCGAGCACAUACUCAACUAUGCUGAAAAGGAUGGAAAUUUCGACAGUAUCUUUCUGCACGUGCAAAUCAACAACGAUGGCGCCAUCGAGUUUUAUAAGAAAUUUGGCUUUGAAAUCGUCGAUACCAAAGAGCAAUACUACAAACGCAUCGAGCCAGCGGAUGCGCAUGUACUGCAGAAGGCGCUACGCCGGAAGAAAUCGGAUAUACACAACCAUGCUUUUACCAACGGUGCUGUCAGUGAUAAAAAGGAUCGUAGAACCUGAAAACGGGACUCGUAUAACAAUAACAUGCGACACACGACAACACAACAACAAAAAGCGAGCCGUAUUUAGUUAUUAAUUUAUAAAUUUCACAUUGAACAAAAUCAAACAGUUAGAGAACACAGCUAAGCAACAACAAUAACAUCAACACAACUAGAAGUAAAGUACUCCAAUUAUAUACAGUAUGUCAAAAAAAA